AUGGCCACUCCGGUACAGCCCGCCGCGUCUCCUCCUCCUCGCCCUCCGCCGCCGCCGCCGCCACCGCCGCCGCAUCGUCCUUACCACGACACGACGCUCACGCUGGCGCUCGCGCUGCCGCCUCCCCCGUUCGCCUGCGCGCUCUCCCCGAGGCCGCUGCAAGCGCGGAGGCCGCGGGCGGACGGCGUCGCCUCCUCCUCCUCCUCCGCGUUCGCCAGGGUGAGGUCCUCGCCCACAGGGGACCCGCCGCCGUGCACCGAGUGCGGCAAGGUGUUCAAGUCGUGGAAGGCGCUGUUCGGCCACAUGCGGUGCCACCCGCAGCGCCAGUGGCGCGGGAUCACGCCGCCGCCGCACUUCCAGCACCAGGCCGUGGGCGGCGCGCACCUCGCCGUGGCGGCGGUCGCGGGGGACCAGUUCACCGUGCAGGAGCGCGAGACCGCCGCGAGCCUGCUCAUGCUGUCCGCCGCACGCCCCGGCGUCGGCAAGGGCAAGAAGAGCACCCUUGCCACGUCUAGCGCGAAGAAGGAGAGCUGCAGCACGCCGACGACCGCCGGCGCGCCGCCGCCCAGGUGCGACGGCCACAAGUGCAGCGUCUGCGCUCGGGGGUUCGCGACCGGACAGGCUCUGGGCGGGCACAAGCGAUGCCAUUGGGAGAGGGAUUGCGCGGAGGGGAUGGCGGUUGCAGCACCCAGCAGCUGCAGCACGUUGGCAGCGUUGUCAGGAGCGGCGCCGGCCACCACGCUGGACCUCAACCUGCCACCGCCGGGGACGAUGCCGCCGUUGCCACGGAAGAUCGACGAGGACGGAAGCUUGAACGCGGCGCUGGAUUUGAGGCUUGGGCUCUAG